AUGGAUCCAGCCAACGGGACUGGAGUGGAGCAAUUCAUUUUGCUGGGAUUUGAGGUUGGGCAGCAGAAACGGUUCCUGCUUCUGGUCUUUUUCACCAUCCUCUAUGGGCUCACUCUGGUUGAGAACAUCACCAUCAUCACCCUGGUGCUUCUCGACACCCACCUGGCCCGCCUUCCCAUGUACAUCCUGCUGAGCAACUUCUCUUGGAUAGAGAUGUGUUAUGUGAGUGCGACGGUCCCCCGGAUGCUCUUUGACCUCACGUCGCCUCGAGGGAUCAUCUCCUUCCGCAACUGCUUCAUCCAGUUCUACGUCUUCUUUGCUCUUGGCAGCACUGAGUGCUUCUACCUUUCAGCCAUGGCCCUAGACCGGUACUUGGCCAUCUGCCACCCACUGCGCUACCCGCAAAUCAUGUCCCCAAACUCCUGCUAUGGUCUGGUGGGUUCUUGUUGGAUCAUUGGCUUCCUGUGGUAUCUCAUCCCAGCUGUUUUGAUCUCCAGGUUGUCCUUCUGCAGCUCCAACGUCAUCGACCACUUUUUGUGUGACGCUGGGCCCAUUCUGUCCCUGGCCUGCCCUCCGCUAGGAAUUGCCCCCAUCAUCAGCCAGUUUUGCCUGAACGCUCUCAUCAUUGGCAAUAUGUUCUUUGUCGUGCUGUCCUACAGCACCGUGGUUAACACUCUAAUGAAGACCUCUAGCCAAGGCGGUCGGAUGAAGGCCUUCUCUACCAUAUCGUUUCACUUGUUGGUGGUGACGCUUUUCUAUGGCUCGGUGGCAGGGAUGUACUUGAUCCCAGGUGGAGAAAACCAAUCAGCAAUAACUAAGGCUGUAACACUUUUCUACACUGCGGUGACACCUUUUCUUAACCCUAUGAUUUACUGCCUGAGGAACGAUCAGGUGAAAGAAGCACUGGUUAGGCUUCUGAAGAGAAAGACAAUGAUGUAA